UGAAAGACAGCAGGCAAGAUGAGACUUACUUCAGCACUUUCGUCUGUUCCCUUUUGCAUUGGCCUUGCCCAAGCAUAUGGCGAUGAUCCCUUCUCAAAGUGGCAUCCAGCUGGGCCCGGCGAUGUGCGAGCACCAUGCCCCAUGUUGAACAGCCUAGCAAAUCAUGGUUUCCUUCCCCACGACGGCAAGUUCAUCACCGAAAACCGAACGAUUUCCGCACUCUCCACAGCUCUCAACAUCAGCGCCGAGCUGGGAAAGUUCCUUUUUGGUGAGGCAAUGACGACGAGUCCGGAGCCUAAUGGUACCACCUUCGACCUGGACAAUUUGAGCAGGCAUAAUAUUUUGGAGCACGAUGGGAGUUUGAGCCGCGCAGACUACUACUGGACCCACGACUCACACAGCUUCAACGCCACCGUCUUCGCGCAGACCCAAUCCUACUGGACAGGCCCCGUCAUCGACAUCCAAAUGGGUGCCAACGCACGCCUCGCCCGCGUGCAGACGUCCAACAAGACUAACCCGACCUUCUCCAUGUCCGACCUAGGCGACGCAUUUAGCAUUGGCGAAACCGCAGCGUACAUUGGUAUUCUGGGCGACGUGGAGUCGGGGACGGUAAAGAGGGAGUUGGUGGAAUAUUUGUUUGGUGAGUCAACAGCAUUUUCAUUCGGUGGAUGCUAUCUAUCUCACUGUGGAUGGAAUGCGCUUCUCUUUGUUUUCCUUUGAUUUGCGCGAUCGAUGGGCUGA